AUGAAUUCAUUCACAUCCAGAAGUUUGGUCCUCGUUGCCCUCAUCUCCUUCGUUACAAUAACUACAUCAAAAGGUUUGACACCUGAGGAGCGACUCAUCACCAAUCUGCUUGCAAAUUACACGAAGGAAGCAAGACCAGUAAAAGACCCAAAACAAAAAGUUGUGGUCACAUUUGGUUUUGAGCUUGUCCAGUUGGUCAAUGUUGAUGUCAGAAAUCAAAUGAUCACAACAAACGUUUGGGUUCGACAAAUUUGGGACAACGAGCUUCUCACGUGGGACCCUAGGGAUUAUGAUCAAAUUCAGACGGUCAGGCUGGACGCAUCCUUAGUCUGGAUUCCAGAUAUUGUCUUGUACAACAGCGCAGAUAAUGAAUUCAGCGGUGGUACUGAUAAAUACAAGACUCCGGUGAUUUUGUCAAGUAAUGGGAGCUGCAGUUGGUUCUGUCCGGCUUCUUUCACCAGUACAUGCCCAAUAGACGUACAGUACUUUCCAUUUGAUCGUCAGAAGUGUGUAUUGAAAUUCGGCUCUUGGACUUACGAGGUAAUAGACCUCGACAUGAAGGAGGAAAAUGGAUCUUCACAAUCUCAGUACAUACAAAGUGCCGAGUGGAAUCUGUACGGAAUCAAAAAACAAAGAAACGCAAAGAAAUACACAUGCUGCAAGCACAAGUUAGCAGAUAUCAGUAUAACAAUUAUCAUGGAUCGAAAGCCUUUAUUUUAUCUUUUCAACCUUGUCAUACCAUGUUUGAUAAUCCUCUCCAUGAUUCUACUCGGCUUCUUCCUUCCUCCGGAGUCGGGUGAAAGGAUCACACUCAGCAUCACAGUGCUGCUGGCUAAUGCUGUCUUUCUUCAGCUGGUCGGAGAGAGCCUCCCAAGAAACUCUGAGACUGUUCCUCUUCUUGGGAAGUUCUACAUAACUAUCAUGGCGGAGAUCUCCAUUUCGCUGAUGCUGACGUGCUGGGUUCUAAACAUUCAUUAUCACGGAUCAGGGAAUUCAGUUAAGGCAGUACCCUUAUGGGCUCGUAUCAUUGUACUACAGUGGCUCGGGUACAUACUCUGUGUGGGUAAACCAGAUGGCAGUUCGCCUGAUAUACCAAACACAGACCUCAGAUACCAUCAAGACGACAGCAAGAGGAGGGGUGUGCCUUUUGCACUCGACUGGGAAACCACCUUUGCACCAGCUGCCAAUUGUCACUGCACAAGAUGUAUCAAUGCAAGGGGAACACAUUACAACGGCGAACGCAGUCCGGACGAGUCUAAACUAAUAGAGGUUCGGUACACCAGAGAUUCGUCUCCUGUGGACUUUCCCGAGACACGACGAGAAAAACUGCCAAGGGAACCUAAACUCCCAGAGGAAAUUAGCGUACUUGCGAACAGCGUGAAGGAACGUGAAAAAGUUGAGAAAAACCAGCAGGACUGGAAGUACUUUGCCAUGGUAAUGGACAGGUUCUUUUUCUGGUUUUACUCCAUGACUAUUCUGGUCUCGACUUUAACCAUCUUCUUAAGCCGAAGUGACGAGGAAAUUGGAACAUAAACGUAACCAGUUUCGCUGAGGAUGAAAUAGGUUUCCUUCACAGGGACGCAAUAUCCAAAUCUCUGUUGAAAAUUUAGAUUGCAUUAUCUGUGGCAAGUAACUUCUUCAAAAUCAGUGCCACGUCUUCAGUCUAAAAACGUUUGAAAAAAGGUGCGCGAUAUUGGUCGCUUAAGCAACAUGGUUAAAGGUAUGAGUUUAGUGGAAAAAUCCAAUGUUGAUAAAAAACUCAGAUGCAUUUGUAAAGUUAGCUUAUUCAAGACUUUAAAUAAAUUAUUUAACAAUCAACAUAAAAA